AUGCACCAGGCCUCCUGUGUGUCUCCUCAGCCCGGUACGUCCUGUGCCAGCUCCAUGCACCAGGCCUCCUGUGUGUUCCCCCAAGCCUGGUACGUCCUGUGCCAGCUCCAUGCACCAGGCCUCCUGUGUGUCUCCUCAGCCCGGCCUCCUGGUGUCUCCUCAGCCCGGUACGUCCUGUGCCAGCUCCAUGCACCAGGCCUCCUGUGUGUCUCCUCAGCCCGCCCGUCCUGUGCCAGCUCCAUGCACCAGGCCUCCUGUGUGUCUCCUCAGCCCGGUCCAUCCAUGCACCAGGCCUCCUGUGUGUCUCCUCAGCCCGUCCUGUGCCAGCUCCAUGCACCAGGCCUCCUGUGUGUCCCUCAGCUCCAGCUCCAUGCACCAGGCCUCCUGUGUGUCUCCUCAGCCCGCCCGGUAGCCUGUGGCCAGUACGUCCUGUGCCAGCUCCAUGCACCAGGCCUCCUGUGUGUCUCCUCAGCCCGCGUCCUCCCGGUGUGUCUCCUCAGCCUCCUGGUGUCUCCUCAGCCCGUCCUGUGCCAGCUCCAUGCACCAGGCCUCCUGUGUGUCUCCUCAGCCCGCCCGUCCAGCUCCAUGUGCCAGCUCCAUGCACCAGGCCUCCUGUGUGUCUCCCCAGCCCGGUCCUGUGCCAGCUCCAUGCACCAGGCCUCCUGUGUGUCUCCCCUGCCCGGUCGUCCUGUGCCAGCUCCAUGCACCAGGCCUCCUGUGUGUCUCCCCAGCCCGCCCGGUACGUCCUGUGCCAGCUCCAUGCACCAGGCCUCCUGUGUGUCUCCCAGCCCGGUAGUCCUGUGCCAGCUCCAUGCACCAGGCCUCCUGUGUGUCUCCUCAGCCCGCCCGGAGUCCUGUGCCAGCUCCAUGCACCAGGCCUCCUGUGUGUCUCCCAGCCCGGUAGUCCUGUGCCAGCUCCAUGCACCAGGCCUCCUGUGUGUCCAGCCCGGUCCUGUGCCAGCUGCACCAGGCCUCCUGUGUGUCUCCCCAGCCCGCCCGGUUGAGUCCUGUGCCAGCUCCAUGCACCAGGCCUCCUGUGUGUCUCCCCAGCCCGCUCCAUGCACCAGGCCUCCUGUGCGUCUCCCCAGCCCGGUCCCAGCUCCAUGCACCAGGCCUCCUGUGGGUCUCCCCAGCCCGGGUACGUCCUGUGCCAGCUCCAUGCACCAGGCCUCCUGUGCGUCUCCCCCAGCCCGGUGUGGAGCUCCGGCCUCCUGGAGCCUCCGGCCUCCUGUCGUCCCUGUACAGCCCCAUGAGCCUAGCGCAGGGUUCCACUGUACGGAGCUCCAUCCGGCCUCCUGGUUCCACUGUAGCCCGGAGCCUCCGCUCCAUGCGGCCUCCUGUGUGUCUCCCCAGGGUUCCUGUGCCACUCCAUGCAGGCCUCCUGUACGGAGCCUCCGACGAGGAUUCCACCGGUCCGGCGGCGGUUGGCAGCCUCCGGCGAGGGUUCCACUGUACGGAGCCUCCGGCGAGGGUUCCACUGUACGGAGCCUCCGGCGAGGGUUCCACUGUACGGAGCCUCCGGUGAGGGUUCCACUGUACGGAGCCUCCGGCGAGGGUUCCACUGUACGGAGCCUCCGGCGAGGGUUCCACGGUCCGGAGUCCCCGGCGACGAUCCAUGGUCCGGUUCCACGGAAGCGGAGGGAUCCGCGAGCAGAGCCUCCGGUGAGGGUUCCACUGUCCCUCCGAACUGUACGGAGCCUCCGGCGACCACCGAGUCCCCGGCGACGAUCCAUGGUCCGGUUCCACGGAAGUGGAGGGAUCCGCGAGCAGAGCAGGGUCUACGUCCCGAACCGGAGCCACCACCGAGGCUAG